AUGGAGAUGUUUUAUGUGCUUCCCUGUAAGUGGGGUACCCCUUGGCAGGGGCUCCUGAUCACAGCCUACUUUUUAACCUGUUGGCACCUGCCCACCACUGUCCAAGUCAUUGUUGAUUUAGUGCCACCCCAUGUUGUUGAAGGAGAAGAUGUCCUUCUUCGUGUCCGCAAUCUGCCAGAAGAUCUUGUAGCCUUUGUCUGGCACAAAGGGGCGACAAAGAUGGACCUCGGAAUUGUACUUUAUUCACUGACCACUAAUUUAAAAAUCACAGGGCCUGGACACAGUGGUAGAGAGAUAGUGUACAGAAACGGAUCUCUGCGCCUCCAAAAUGUCACCCAGAAGGACACAGGAUUCUACACGCUACGAUCCUUAAAUAGGCAUAAAGGAAUUGUAUCAACAACAUCUAUAUACCUGCAUGUAUACUCCUUCCUUUGGACCUGUGGACCCCUUUCCACCUCUGCCCAAGUCAAUAUUGAAUCAGUGCCCCCCAUAAUUUCUGAGGGUGGAAGUGUUCUUCUACUCAUUCACAAUCUCCCAGAGAAUAUUAGAUCCCUUUUCUGGUACAAGGGGAUGAUAGUGUCCAAUGAUCUUGAGGUGGCAAGACACAUAAUAACCAUGAAUUCAAGUGUGCUGGGCCCUGCAUACAGUGGUCGGGAGACAGUGUACAGCAAUGGAUCCCUUCUGCUCCACAAUGUCACCUGGAAGGAUGCUGGAUUAUAUACCCUACGAACUCUAAGUACAGAUAUGAAAACAGAAUUAGCACAUGUGCAACUGCAGGUGAACACCUCCCUUUCUCCUUGCUGUAACCCUCUCACCUCUUCCAAACUCAUGAUCCAAACAAUACCUCGGUAUGCUGCUGAGGGUGAAAGCACUCUUCUCCAAGUUCAUAAUCUUCCAGAAGAACUGCAAGCUUUUACCUGGUACAAAUUGAAGUCUAGGACCGAGGUCCUUAAAGUUGUAGAAUACAGCAGAGCCAUGAAUUCCACCACCUGGGGGAGCGAACAUAGCAGAAGAGAGAUGGUGUACACCAAUGGAUCCCUGAUGCUCCAGAAUGUCACUGAGAAAGAUGCAGGAUUGUACAUACUAGAAAUUCUAAAUAGAGAUUUCAAAAUGGAAAAAGUAGAUGUGAAACUUCAUGUGAGCACCUCCCUUUUAACCUGCUGGCACUUGUCCACCACUGUCAAAAUCACAAUUGACUCAGUGCCACUCCAAGUGGUUGAAGGAGAAAACGUCUUUCUACAUGUCAACAAUCUGCCACAGAAUCUUCGAAAUUUUGCCUGGUUCAAAGGGGUGAUAAAUAUGAACUCCAGAAUUGCACUAUAUUCACUGACCACUAAUCUAUGUGUGAUGGGGCCUGAAAAUAGUGGUAGAGAAGCUGUGUACAGCAAUGGAUCCCUGUGGCUCAAAAAUGUCUCCCAGAAGGACACAGGAUUUUAUAUACUACAAACAGUAAUUAGAGGUGGAAAAGUUGUAUCUACAACCACAUACCUCCACGUGUAUGCCUCCCUUUUCACCUGUGGACACCCUCCACCCUCUUCCCAGCCCACUAUUGAAUUAGUGCCACCCCGUGUUGCUGAAGGGGCAAGUGUACUUCUACUUGUUCACAAUCUACCAGAGAAUAUUAAAUAUCUUUUCUGGUACAAAGGGGUGUUUGCGGUGAAGAGAUUUGAGAUUGCCAGACAGAUAAGAGAACUAGAUUCAAGUGUGCAGGGGCCUACACAUAGUGGUAGAGAGUUAUUGUUCAGCAAUGGAUCCCUGCUGCUCCAUAACGUCAUUUGGGAUGACACUGGAUUCUACACCCUCCGGAUUCUGACUACAGAUCUAAAAGCUGAAAUAGCACAUGUGAAACUCCAGGUGGACACCUCCAAUUCUAAUUGUAAUCCUUCUGCCUCGGCCCAAGUAAAAAUUGAAGCAGUGCCUUCGUAUGCUGCUGAGGGGGAAAGUGUUCUUCUCCUAGUUCAUAAUCUACCAGAAGACUUUCAAAUGUUUUGUUGGUACAAAUCAGAAUAUAGAACAGACAUCUUUAAAAUUACAGAAUACAACAGAGUCACAAAUUCCACCAUCUUGGGACUUGCCCACAGCCAAAGAGAAAUGGUGUACACCAACGGAUCCUUGCUUAUCCACAACAUCACUGAGGAAGAUGCAGGACUGUACAUGCUAGAAAUUUUAAACAGAGACUACAAAUUUGAAGAUACACAUGUGCAACUCCAUGUGAACAAGCCUGUGACACAGCCCAUCAUUCGAGUCAUCAAAACCACAGUCACAGUACAGACCUCUGUGGUCUUCACUUGCUUCUCAGCUGACCCUGGAAUCUCCAUUCACUGGAUCUUCAAUAACCAGAGUCUGCAACUCACAGAGAGGAUGAAGCUUUCCCCAACAAAGUGCCAACUCAGCAUAGAUCCUGUCGGGGGGGAGGACGCUGGACAAUAUCAGUGUGAAGUCUCCAACCAAGUCAGUUCAAAAACCAGUCUCCCAGUCACGCUGGAUGUGAUGGAUAAGUGA